AUGACGACCUUUACAAAGCUCAGCGAGCAGGACGCUCCGGCUAUCUCGAUACACCCGGACCGCCGCAUCUCCAAGAUCAACCCUAAUAUCUAUGCCGGCUUUGCAGAGCACAUGGGCCGCUGCAUCUAUGGGGGCAUCUAUGAUCCUGGUAACCCUCUGUCAGACGAAGACGGCUUUCGGAAAGACGUUAUCGAAGCCUUGAAGGGGCUGAAGAUCCCUGUGGUUCGCUACCCUGGUGGUAACUUUACCGCGACGUACCAUUGGAUCGAUGGAGUUGGCCCAAAGGACCAACGGCCUGCUAGGCCUGAGCUUGCCUGGUUGGGCACAGAGACUAACCAGUUCGGCACUGACGAGUUCUUGAAGUGGUGUGAAGUCCUUGGGACCGAGCCCUACCUUUGCCUGAACAUGGGCACUGGUACUCUGGAUGAAGCUCUGGCCUGGGUUGACUACUGCAACGGUACCCGUGACACCUACUAUGCCAAUCUUCGACGCAAGAAUGGCCGACAAGAGCCGUACAAUGUUAAGUACUGGGCACUUGGUAACGAAGUCUGGGGCCCGUGGCAGGUGGAGCAGACAACCAAGGAGGAAUAUGCUCACAAGGCAUACCAGUGGGCCAAAGGUAACUCUCCGCAAUCCACUUCUUCUACCCAGACUAACUGUAUGCUAGCCCUCAAACUGCUCGACCCCUCUCUUGAGUUGAUCCUCUGCGGACAAGAUGGCACAGCAUCCUGGGACUACUACACCCUCAAGCAGACCAUGCUCCCAGUCCACUCGCCGCUCUCCACAAGCGCCGUCCCCCUCAUCGACAUGCACAGCAUCCAUCUCUACACUGCCUCGUCCUCUCAUCUCCCCAACGUCACAGCCCCUCUCGCCGCCGAACGCGCCAUUGAAAUCACAUCCUCACUCAUCGAUCUCGCCCGCAUCGAAAACGGCGUUCCCCCAGACCAGCUCCGACCAACCAUCUGCUUCGACGAAUGGAACGUCUGGGACCCCAUCCGCGCCGAAGGCAGCAAGGGCGCAGAAGAGUCUUACAACCUCUCAGACGCCCUUGCUGUCGGCGCCUGGCUCAACGUCUUUGUCCGAAAGAGCAAGGACGUCGGCAUGGCCUGCAUCGCGCAAAGCGUCAACGUCAUCUCGCCAUUAAUGACAACAAAGGAGGGCAUCGUCAAGCAAACGACCUGGUGGCCCCUGUGGCUGUUCUCGAACUUCAUGCGUGGCUGGACUAUCAGCGCACACGUAUCCGUCUCCGCAUACGAAGGCGAGACGCAACCGAAGUGGGUUCGCAGCGUCAAGGACACCCCUUGGCUGGAUGUCAGCGCGACCCUCGGCGAAGACGGCUUCGUCAAUGUCGUCGUGAUCAACAUCCACGAGGAGAAGGGCAUCGAGGCGAAGCUUGACGGCCCCAAGGGUGAAGUCACCGUGUACACUGUUACAGGCGAGAACCCGCAGGUCACCAACAUGAAGGGCAAGGAGGAGGUUGGUCUCGUGGAGAGCAAGUGGACUGCGCAGGGCGCAUACGUCUUCCCUAAGCACUCCCUCACCCUCCUGAGAUGGAAGCCUUGA